CCUCCAUAUAAACCCCUCACUUCUCACGCAGCGUUCAGUUCAAAGCUCAACAUUCAGAACCAGAAAACCCCAAAACGAAGAUGAUGAAAAUCAAUUCAAAUCACGUCUCUCUUCUCUUCUUCUUCUUCUUUGUUUUCUUUUUCCUCCUUCAUCCUUCACAAGCUCAGAACAAGAUAGAGCCCAACACCACCGGCUAUGAGUGCCCCGCCAACCAGACCACCGGCUCCGGCUACCCCUGCCGGACUUACGCAUUCUACCAAGCCUCAGCUCCUAAUUUCCUCGACCUCGCCUCCAUUGGUGAUCUCUUCUCCGUUAGCCGCCCCAUGAUUGCAGAUCCAAGCAACAUUUCUUCUCCUAAUUCCACUUUAGCCCCAAACCAGCCUCUCUUCGUUCCCUUAGCUUGCUCCUGCAACUUCAUCAACUCAAGCUUCGGUGCCAUCUCUUACGCCAAUCUCUCCCACACCAUCAAGAAAGGAGACACGUUCUACCAACUCUCCACGUUUACCUACAGGAACCUCACCACUUACCAGUCCGUCGAAGUCGUGAACCCUACUCUCAUCCCGACGAAUUUGACGAUCGGCAUUGACGUCAUGUUCCCGGUGUUCUGCAAGUGCCCUAACACGACGCAAUUGCGAAAUGGAGAGAACAUCAUGAUUUCCUACGUCGUUCAACCGUCUGAUAACAUAUCGUCGAUUGCUACCAUGUUUGGAUCGAAACCGCAAUCAAUAAUCGAUGUUAACCGCAAAGGUUUCCGAGAAUUUGAUACUAUCUUCGUUCCGGUGUCGCAAUUGCCGGUGUUGCCACAGAUUCAGGUUAAUACUUCCGCGCCGCCGGCUUCGUCUCCUGCUGCGUCACCUGUAACUUCCAGCGACAGAACAAGAACUGUGAGAGGAUUGGCGAUCGGGUUAGGGAUUGUAGGGUUAGUGUUGAUUCUGGUUUUGGGGUUGUGGGUUUACAGAGAGGCUCGGUUCAAAGACAGGUUGGGGAUGAUGGUGGUGGCCGGAGAUGAGGAGAAGCAGAAACAGAGCUUUGUGAAGGAGACAAAGGGAUCGAAGGAAGCGGAAGCGAGAUUGAUGGCGAACGUGUCGGAUUGCUUAGAUAAGUAUAGGGUUUUUGGGUAUGAAGAAUUGAGAGCAGCAACAAAUGGGUUUGAUCAGAGUUGCUUGAUUCUUGGGUCUGUGUACAAAGGCACUAUUGACGGAGAGGUCUAUGCGAUCAAGAAGAUGAACUGGAAUGCUUACGAGGAGCUCAAGAUCUUACAGAAGGUGAACCAUGGGAAUUUGGUGAAGUUGGAGGGCUUUUGCAUUGACGACGAUGAAGCAAACUGCUUUCUUGUCUAUGAAUAUGUUGAAAACGGAUCACUCUACUCGUGGCUACAUGAAGACCGAACCGAACAGUUGAAUUGGAAGAUGAGGCUACACGUAGCCAUCGAUGUAGCCAAUGGCUUGCAAUACAUCCACGAGCACACGAGGCCAAAGGUUGUGCACAAAGACAUCAAGAGUAGCAACAUCCUGUUAGAUUCAUACAUGAGAGCCAAGAUAGCUAAUUUUGGGCUUGCAAAGUCUGGAAUGAAUGCCAUCACAAUGCACAUUGUGGGAACUCAGGGUUACAUGGCUCCUGAAUAUCUAGCCGAUGGCGUGGUCUCAACCAAGAUCGAUGUGUUCUCCUUUGGGGUGGUCCUGCUUGAACUAAUCACAGGCAAAGAAGCCAUUGAUGACAGAGGGAAUCCCUUGUGGACAAGUGUCGUAAGAGCUUUUGGAGCAGGUAAUGAGCAAGAGAAGAUCAAGAGACUAAGAGAAUGGUUGGAUGGUUCUCUUUUGAGAGAGACAAUUUCAAUGGAAAGUCUCAUGGGUGUGCUCAAUAUUGCCAUUGCUUGUGUGCAUAAGGAUCCAACAAAGAGGCCAAGUAUGGUGGAUAUUGUUUAUGCUCUGAGUAAAAGUGAAGAUGGAAGCUUUGACACCUCAGAUGAUACAAUAGGUUCUCCAUUGGUGUCUGCGAGGUGAGUCAACUCAACUAGAUGCCUUAUAAUCUUCUAUAUGCAUAGAAGUAAACAUGCAUAUGGAGAGGCAAAAAUAUAACUAGUCAUAAAUGCCCUUUAGUUCAAAGUGAAUAAAGAGAUACAAAAGGGGUAGGUCCUGCUUUUGAUCAUGUGUGGAGCCUCUUUUUUGUAUCUUUCUCUGCGUUUUUUAGUUGAAAUGUACUUUGAGGGUAUCUAAUUUUUUAUUUUAUUUUAAUGUCAUUCUCUUCAUGAAAGCAAACAGUAUGAAUUGGGUAGGAUAAUCUUGGCAUUAUGUAAAAUGUGUAGUGAUAUUUUAGUCUAUUCAAAAAAUAUAUUUAAUAGUGUUGCCUUUUUAUUCUUA